AUGCCAAUUUUUAAAAGAAAACACAAGAAAGAAACUGAAGUUCCAGUUUCCAAUUCAGAUGUUCGUCUUGUGGAUUUGAACAUCGGACAACUGAACACCAAUGAUUUUACCAUUAGGAAAUCAGUAGUGUUCGACUUCCUUCUUUUAACCUAUUCUCCAUCCGGAGGAGCCGAUGUAGGAAAAGUAUUGCUAAAGGAUACAGUUUUCUGGCAAAAGGGCAAUUCAUCGGACGUGGCACAAUUUGUGCGCUGCUACUUUAGGCAAGGAGUAAUUCGGUUCGUAGAACUCGUGAUCAACAGCAAUGGCUCAGCACAGUAUUUGUACUUUUACAAAGAUUAUUUCAGAUGGGUAUCGACGACCUCCCACAGAUACGCGCAAGUGUUUAGUCGUCAAGUUAGUAACUACUUUGUAUUCAAAUCCGUCAAAUUGAGGCUGAGCGGGAACGUAAAUGAGCUGUUUUUUUAUGUUCACAAAAUGGAAAAGGCACCAUUCCAUAUAAUUACACCAAAACCAGCAUUCAAAGUUGAAAAGGUAGUUGAUGGAGUUCUCACAGUCUGGGAUAGUAAUAAAUCUGAUUCCUGUGUCAAUGCCUUAGUGUUUCACAAGAAUAAAAGGCCAGUGUUGGUCCAUUUACAGAUUUCGUCACCCGAAGGUUUGGAGUCAAUUUACUUAAGGAAGGAGCCACUAACCUGGAACAGAAUUACACGCUCAGAAUUCACGGAAACAAUCAGAAACUCAGGGUUCAACCCAGACCUUUUCAGCUCAUUUUUAACCCUAAAAUUGGAUUUGAGUAACGUGACUGAAAACUUCAAUGUUGACAAUCAUAGUUAUUCCUAUAGUCCAAACAAUUUCCUACCAACUAGUGAUAACACUCCAGAUAAUGCUCCAGAUACGGUUGAGGUUGGUGAACACUUAAGUGACGGCGUAAAAGAUACAGUCACGAGUAAACAUAUGGUUAGGAGAGUUUCUAACGUUGACAUGAGUACACGAGUUGAGUGUAUAAGUAUAUCACCAAAACCAGGUUACACCGUUGUUGAAAUCCUUGAUGACGAUUUUUCACUCUUUAACGUCAACACACAUAACACUAGUAGAAAAAAUAGCGGUGGUCACAAUAAUAGCUUUGAAAAUGGACCUGCUAAGAAAUUUGUAGUAUUUGUGAACCUGAUAAGAUACAAGGAUUACAAGCUACUUGGCAUAUAUUUCAGAGGAAAUAAGGGAACUGACGUUCAAUUCUUUACAAAGCCAUUUAAAGGUAAAUGGACCCCAAUUACUCCAGAGCAAUAUUACUCACUCUAUGUGCCUGAUAAUUUAAGCAAUUCGUUAGGUAAUCCGGGAAGUCCCAGUGCUAAGAUGUCAAAAUCAUUAAACCCAGUUAGUUUGGUAAUGGGCAGUUUUGUUAACAGAUUGGGGUUGAAAAUACAAACGUACUCAUCGCCAGUAAUUAAUGGGAAGGGAAAUAUAAUAUUAGUUCACGGCGCCUAUGGUCACUUUUGCUCAGAUUUCACCACAUACAACAGGGAUUAUUUGUUGAAGUAUGAGCAGUUCAAGUCACUGCCCGAGGUAAAAUCAGUGGAUGAGGUUGUUUCCCCCACAUUCGAUCUUGAACGCCAAUUAUACGAUGCCAUUUCACACCAUUCCGACGUGUUUGAGUACAGAACACUUGACGAGCUGGAACUCUCACAAACAGGAGAACGCUUCCUACUUAAGAAUAGUUUUGUGGAGGCGUUAAACAACUUAGGGUACGGAGUCUACGGACUUGACUUGACUUCCCACGGACGCUCAGAACCACUGAAUAAUCUUAGAUACUAUGUCAACAGUUUUAUGGACUACGUUCACGACGUUCUACAAUUUAUUGACAUUGUUAAAUUGAAAACCAAGUCAUCACAACAGCCCAAUGGAUCAAAAUUGUAUUUGUUAGGAUACUCGAUGGGUUCAAAUAUAGCCUUAAGAGCAAUAAACCACUAUUAUCAGGAUCUAAAGCUAAAUCCUAAUAAUAAUCCUGAUGGUGAUAAUGAAGUUGAUGCUAAGUUGGUGGAUGGAAUGGUAUCUAUAUCAGGAAUGUAUGAUUUUGCAGCUAUGCAGAAUAGCUUUUUGAGGUCAUUAGCAACUUUAGUCAUUUCAAUUUUGUCAUUUUUAGUUCCCGAAAACCCCAACCCGUUUGAAAAAUUUUUCGACUAUACCAUUUCCCUGGAUGCAUAUACUAGAUAUAGGGAUCCUUGGGUUUGGCCUAAGAAGUCGAGAAAUAAGAUGUUAUAUGUGAUAGCCAGGGCUGUUUCUGACCUCCCCAAGUAUCUCUCGUACAUUCCAGAAGACAUGCGAGUACUAAUGAUCAACUCAAACAAAGAUGAUCUCGUCACACUCAAAGUAUUAACUAAUUAG